CCGCUUCUUAUUGGCCAGAGUCCCCGUCAGGGCACUGGAGAUUGGCUAUCUCAAGAACAGGGCCCGCCCCCCUGAGGCGGGUAUUUAAAGGUGCAGAGUGCCAACGCGGACUGACCUGCUGCUCACUCACUACGAAGAUAGGUGUCGCGAGAGGCCGCCGGACGCUGUUGAUCAUGAUGCUGCUUCGGUCUCUAGCAUCCCUCUGCAUCCUGGCUGCUGUUGCCUUUGCAGUCCCUGCUCAAGAGAAGCGCAUCCACCACCACGCUGAUCUGAGCGACCACGCCCACGACGAUGCUCACGGCUUCCAGUACGACCACGAGGCCUUCCUGGGCAAGGAGGAGGCCAAGACCUUCGACCAGCUGACCCCUGAGGAGAGCAAGGACAGACUAGCGAAGAUCGUGGACCGCAUUGACACAAACAAGGACGGCUACGUGAGCCACACAGAGCUGCACUACUGGAUCAAACACCGGCAGAGGAGGUACAUCGAGGAGAACGUCAACAAGCACUGGAACGACUACGACAAGAACCAGGAUGGCAAGAUCGCCUGGGAGGAGUACAAGAACACCACCUACGGCUUCUACCUGGAUGAGGAGUUUGAUGACAUCGAAGACAAGGCCACCUACAAGGCCAUGUUGACCCGGGACGAGCGCCGCUUCAAGAACGCUGACCGAGACCGCGAUGGCAUCGCCACCCGAGAGGAGUUCACUGCCUUCCUGCACCCCGAGGAGUUUGACUACAUGAGGGAUGUGGUUGUGCAGGAAACUGUGGAGGACAUUGAUAAGAACGGAGAUGGAAAGAUCAACAUGGAUGAAUACAUUGGUGACAUGUACUCACCUGAGAGCGGGGAGCGUGAGCCUGACUGGGUCCAGACGGAGAGGAAACACUUCUCAGACUUCAGAGACGCCAACAAGGACGGGUACCUGGAUGGUGAUGAGGUGGCCCACUGGAUUCUGCCAGGAGAGGUCGACCAUGCUGACAACGAAGCCAAACAUUUGAUUCACGAGACGGACACUGACAAGGACGAGAAAAUAACCAAGAAGGAGAUUCUGGCCAACUGGAACAUGUUUGUGGGCAGCCAGGCCACUAACUACGGAGAGGAUUUAACGAAGAGACACGAUGAGCUUUGACGAGCCUUGAUGGUCCAAUGUGUGGGUUUAUAUUUCAGUACCACAGGGGGGUUAUGGGAUAGGAGGGAGGGAGGGAGGGAGGGAGGGAGGGGGGUGAGGUUCUGACUGUGGGUGACACCAGAAUCAAGGGUGGAUUGAUUCACCCUUGUUCACACACACACACACACACACACACACACAACUUCACAGCUACACACACUCACACACACACACACUUCAGCAUGCAGUCACAUACUGUGUAUGUGAAUAAAUCAUACUGUUGGUGACUGACACACACACACACACACACACACACACACACACACACACACACACACACACACACACACUGUUGUAUCUACAUGUCUGUUACAUGUCUAACUGAGGUGCCUGUCACACAAACUGUGUCUCCAGACGUCACUCUGAGGAUGAUGUCACAGGCUUGAAAUGAGGAGCCAGCUGUUUUUAUAUUAAAGCCAGCAGUCAGUGGAGACAACAUGUUUUACCUGAGACAUGGUCACAUGGUCAGACAGCAGGUGUUUGCUGUCUGACCAUACAGUUAGAAGAGGAGGAGAUUUGGAGACUAAAGGGCUGUUACUGACUUUAUUUGGUGUGACUCUUAAAUAAAGUUUUGUUUUUUUUCUACAAAUGUA